GUUUUCUUCCUUCCAAACGUCGACGUUUUGGCCGUUUCUCUGAUCUCUUCCGCCUGUGUCCGGUGAACGACAAAGAGGAGAAACGUACAGAUGCAAAGGGUUUUCGUUUUUGGACGAAAAAAGAGGAAGAUGGCAAGCCAAAAGAGAAGUGAUUUGAGAAGGAGGGGUUUUUUGAGAGUGAAGUAGAGAAAGAGAGAAAGAAUGGAGAGGGGAUAACGGAGGGAUAUUCGCUGUGAGGAACAAGAGCAAGUAGGAAGGGAGAUUGAGAAAAAACAUAAGGGGCCUGGUUUGCAGUAAAUGAGAGAGAGACCCAAGAGCUGGUACAGAGGGAGAAGAAAGAGAGACGGAGAGCCAGGCGAGAGGCUGAGAUAUUGACUGAGACUAGAGGGGAAAAGAGUUGAGAAAAAGAAGAGUUCGAAAAAAUUAACGGAGAAAAGGAAGAAUCGGUGAGGAAACAGGAUGCACAAGACCUUGAAGCUGAUUUGAAGGUACCUCGACAGCAAGUCGGUAUUCCACCUAGAAAAUGAUACCUAUGAGGAUAAUAAGGCAUUGUGCACCAUCCAUUUGCCCCUCAAUGUUGUUUCCCUUACUCAGUGCUCGAGUCUCCAGGUGGCAAAUUCAGGAUCUUGGAAAUAAUAUGAUGUAUGAGAUCACUGGCUUCUCAUCAGUAAAUUUAAAUAAGAUCACUUUUGGCUUAGGAGUCUGGAGGAGAGUUAUUCAUCAAAUGCAAUAUUUUUCAGCCAUGGCUGGGACCAUUUUGGUCCAAGCUCGCGACCGGGCUAAACUGAACAUGGAAAUUCAAGAUGCUAUUAAUGGAGGUAGAUAUGAUGCUACAUGGAAGCUGUUUGAACAGCAUAUGGGAAUGGAUGGCUUUCCUUGAAAAUCUGUUGUGAACAAUGUUCUAACAGGGUUCCAGAGCCUUGAUGUUCAGUGGCUUGAGAAGGCUUACAUGUUGGUUGAACGUGCUUUUGAGGAGGGUAAACAGAACUUGCUGGGGAAGGAGACCCUUAUUUAUCUCUCUCUUGUUCUUUCCAAAUGCAGUCUACCCGUGCCUGCAUCCACUGUUUUAAGAAAGUUGGUAGAGAUGGAGCAAUAUCCCUCUGUGACAGCCUGGUCCGCAAUAUUGGCUCAUAUGUCAUUCACAGGACCAGGAGCUUACCUUGCUGCUGAGUUGAUUCUUGAGAUAGGCUACUUCUUCCAAGAUGGCAGAGUGGAUCCAUGUAAAAAGAGUAAUGCACCUUUAAUUGCCAUGAAACCUAGUACGACUGCUUUAAACAUUGUUUUGGCUGGGUGCCUGCUGUUUGGCACAACCAGAAAAGCUGAGCAGCUCCUUGAAAUGAUGCCUCGAACUGGUGUCAGAGCUGAUGCAAACCCGUUGAUCAUAAUGGCACAGAUAUAUGAGAGAAAUGGGCGACGAGGAGAAUUAAAGAAUCUUCAGAGACAUUUUGAUGAAGCUUGUAACCUGACUGAUAUCCAGUUUAGACAGUUCUAUAAUUGCUUGCUUAAUUGCCAUCUGAAAUUUGGGGACCUUGAUUCUGCUUCUAACAUGGUGUUGGAAAUGCUUAGGAUAGCAAAAGUAGCACGAAAUUCCCUUGGUACAGCUAUACUUAACUUUGUAACUGUCAGCAAUGAACUUCCCCCUGGAAAGGCUAUUGUGCAUAGCUUGAAUCAGAAAACAUCAGAUGGUUUAAUACCAUAUGAAGAGUUCUGUAGAGACAAAAAUUCCAUAAGCUUGGACACUGAGGCAAAAAAAAUGUUGGAUACGUUGUUGGAUAAGUUACGGACACAAGUUGAACUGAUUACAUCAGAACGUGGUAUUCUGCAGCCGACCGGGAUAAUUUAUGUGAAAUUAGUUAUGGCUUUUCUGGAAGCUGGCAAGAUCAAGAAUUUAGUUGAGUUCCUUAUUAAGGCGGAGAAAUAAGAUUCCCCAGUCUCUCAUGAUGAUUCAACGCCGGUUCAUGUUAUCAAUGCAUGUAUGUCAAUGGGGUGGCUAGAUCAGGCACAUGACCUUCUUGACGAAAUGUGUUUUGCUGGUGUAAGGACUGGUUCUUCCGUAUAUUCCUCCCUCUUAAAAGCAUAUUGUGAAGCGAAUCGACCAGCUGAGGUUACAUCACUUUUACGGGAUGCUCAGAAGGCAGGGAUCCAGCUAGAUUCAAGCUGUUACGAGGCUUUGAUGAAAUCCCGUGUGCUUCAAAAAGAUACCGAUGGUGCUCUUCAUUUGUUCAGAGAAAUGAAAGAGGGAAAAAUUCCGAGAGCUGGAUAUGAAGAAUUUAAGAUGUUAGUGGAGGGGUGUGCAGGGAAUGGUGAAGUGGGUUUAAUGGCAAAACUCUUGCACGAAAUUAAAGACAGGCAGCUAGAUUGCGGAGUUCAUGAUUGGAACAAUGUGAUUCAUUUUUUCUGCAAGAAGAGGUUGAUGCAAGAUGCAGAGAAGGCCCUAAAGAAGAUGAGGGCUCUAGGGCAUGCCCCAAAUGCUCAGACUUUCCAUUCUAUGGUGACCGGCUAUGCUGCUAUUGGGGGUAAAUAUGUCGAGGUAACAGAAUUAUGGGGGGAAAUGAAAUCUUUUGCCUCUGCAACCUCAAUGAAAUUUGACCAAGAACUCCUUGACUCUGUGCUUUAUACGUUCGUCAGGGGUGGAUUUUUCAUUCGAGCUAAUGAAGUUGUAGACAUGAUGGAGAAAGGGAAGAUGUUCGUUGAUAAAUACAAGUAUCGAACCCUCUUCUUGAAGUACCAUAAAACCCUCUACAAGGGGAAGGCGCCCAAAUUCCAGACAGAACCACAGCUGAAAAAGAGGGAAGCAGCAUUAGCCUUAAAGAAGUGGGUUUGUUUGUGCUGAGUUUUCUAGAAUCAGCUUGCUAUACUCUAUCCAUAUCUUUUCUUCUUUUGUCACAUUUGAGUUUUUUUGAAGUACUGAAAAAUGCCAUCUGUUCUCCUUGCACUCUGCCUUCUCUCGUUGUAGACUGCACGUGUCUUGAGCAGCAGCUGCUCUGAUAUGUUGGUCGUCAUCAUCACU